GACCCAUAAGAAUCGGGUCAUGACCCGUAUCUAAGACUAUCGCAGUCGCAGAGGCAUUUCUUUCGAGUGCUGCUAUCCCAAAGAGAGAGGUAGAAAGAGAGAUGAAGACUCAUUGCUGGGUUCGAGCUUCUGAUUCCGAUUUUACUGGCCCACUUCCCCAACCUCGAAGUGGCCACACAGCUGUGAACAUUGGGAAGUCGAAGAUUAUAUUUUUUGGUGGCCUGGUGGACAAGCAAUUCCUAAAUGACGUCACAGUUUAUGACAUUGACAACGAUAUGUGGUUUCAACCAGAGUGCACGGGCAGUGGUUCCGAUGGGAAUGUGGGCCCAAGUCCACGUGCUUUUCAUAUUGCUGUUUCAAUUGAUUGUCACAUGUUCAUAUUUGGUGGGAGGUCUGGUGCUAAGAGGUUAUGUGAUUUCUGGGUUUUGGAUACCGAUAUUUGGCAGUGGUCAGAACUUACCACAUUUGGCGAUUUGCCUUCAUCUAGGGACUUUGCAGCUGCUUCAGCUGUUGGAAACAAUAAAAUUGUGAUGUAUGGUGGCUGGGAUGGCAAAAAGUGGCUCUCAGAUGUCUAUGUCCUAGACACAAUUUCACUUGAAUGGAUGGAGUUGUCAGUUUCAGGGACAAUACCUCCACCUAGAUGUGGCCAUUCUGUUACAAUGAUUGAGAAGCGGUUACUCAUCUAUGGUGGCAGAGGUGGUGGGGGUCCAAUCAUGGGUGAUCUAUGGGCUUUGAAAGGACUCAUUAAAGAAGAGAAUGAACCACCUGGAUGGACCCAAUUAAAGCUUCCAGGACAAGCUCCUUCACCCCGUUGUGGACACACUGUGGCUUCUGGAGGGCCUUACCUUAUGCUAUUUGGAGGGCAUGGAACUGGUGGUUGGUUGAGCCGUUAUGAUAUUUAUUACAAUGAUUGUGUUGUUCUAGACAGGGUGUCUGUGCAAUGGAAACGCUUGCCUACUAGCAAUGAACCCCCAGCUGCUCGAGCAUAUCAUUCGAUGAACUGUGCUGGUACUCGGUACCUUUUGUUUGGUGGCUUUGAUGGAAAAUCAACUUAUGGUGAUCUCUGGUGGCUUGUACCUGAAGAUGAUCCUAUUGCAAAAAGGUCUGGAAUAUCUUCUUCUGAAGUUGUUCCAGAAAUAUAUACAACCAUGGAAGAAAAGGAAAGCCAAAGAGAAGGAGAUGCAAUUACAGAGUUGCAGAAACGAUUAGAAGUUUCAGGUUUACUUUCUAAAUCUAUGCACAUUGUCGAUGAAAUGGAAGACAAAGAACUCAUCCAACAAGCGUUAAGAGUUGGCGGUAAAGAGACUGUCAGUAACAUGCAGGCUGUGCAAGCACUCCGAGACCACUGGAUGAGAUCUGCUCCAGAAUCCAUAACUUUGAAGGAGAUUACCCCAUUACUGCAUGAUUACCAACGGUUAAUUACUCGCCAUCAUAUAGGAAAGGUGGGAUCUAAUCUUGAGCUUGUGGGGCUUGGUUUUGCUGGAAAAGGUGCAUCAUUUCGCUUCUACCACAUUAAAACUGCUUCUCAGUUGCGCUUGAACGACAUCCCGAAUUUAUUAGCAGAGUACAAAGAGCUUCUAUCAUCUACAAAUAUAACUUGACAGACAGCACCCAAAUCUGGCACUGUGUGCAGCAGCCCUUGUUUGCAGUGAGAUGGUUUGUGCAUUCCUGCCAUUGCCUUGGAAGAAACAAGGGCAGAAAUCGGGAGGUUUGUACUUCAAAAUGAAAGGGCUAACAGCUUUCUUAGGUAUCACUCAGUAACUAUUUGCAAAUUCUGUUCUCUUUUUCUUUUUUUUUCUUAGAGUAGAUUUGCCUGAGAUGUCACCAAGAAAUUUAUACUGCAAAGCUUCCUAUGCAUAUUUGGCUCUAUUCCAUUUCGUGUUUGCUAACUUUGUUUACCUCUGUUGUGAAUUGUAUCAAAUAUGUUGAAACUAUGUGUAGUUUUGUGUUGGAUUAAACGCGUACGAACGUUGCUAUUUGCA